AGCAUGCGCGCGGCGGACAGCGGCAGCAGCAGGACGCGGUGAUUGUCUCGGUACCGACUGGCGGAGCAGAACCGAACGGAACCACCAUGAACUGCAACUGGGGCACCGAGCUGUGGGAUCAGUUUGAGAACCUGGAGAAACACACCAGCUGGGGAAUUGACUUCCUGGAGAGAUACACAAAGUUCGCUAAAGAGCGAGCCGACAUUGAGCUGAGCUACGCCAAACAGAUGAGGAGCCUGUCGAAAAAGUACCAUCCAAAAAGAAGCAAAGAAGAAGAGAGUAGGUACUCGUGGUGUUUGGCGUUUGCAGCGACUCUGCAGCAGCUGAACGAGCUGGCAGCUCAGAGGGAAGAUCUUGCUGAAAACCUGAGCUCACAGAUCGUCUGUGAACUGACGCGGUACACUCAGGAGCUGAAGGCUGAGCGCAAGACUCAUUUCCAAGAUGGUCGUCGUGCUCAGCAACACAUAGAGACCUCCUGGAAACAGCUGGAAUCUAGUAAACGUCGGUUUGAGCGUGACUGUAAGGAGGCUGAGCGAGCUCAACACAUCUCAGACAGGAUCGAUGUGGACAACAAGAUGGAUGGAGAAAAGCGCUGCUCACUGAAGGCUCGUCAAACGGCACAGCAGAAACAAGAAGCUGCUGAAGAUUCCAGGAAAGAAUAUGUGACCAGUUUAAACCAGUUUAACCAGGAUCAACACCAACACUACCACACAUUGGUACCAGUGAUAUACCAGCGUAUUCAGGACAUGGAGGAGCGGCGGAUUGAGAGAAUUGGUGAAGCGAUGCGCUUGUCAGCAGAGGCAGAAAGAAAAGUUCUUCCUGUAGUAGGUCGCUGUCUGGAUGCGAUGAUAGAUGCUGCUGAAAGCAUUCAGCCUAGAAAGGACACUCGUCAUGUGGUGGAGGUGUAUAAAUCUGGCUUUGAUCCUCCAGGCGAUGUAGAGUUUCAAGAUUACAGUGCCACCAUGAGGCGGAGCAUCUCUGAAUCUAGCUAUCUAGACAACCGUGCUGAGGGACGGAGACACAGCAAGAAGCUGUGGCCCUUCUUACGUAAAAACAAGCUGUUGACACUCCUGUCCUCCCCCCGGCAGCCUCCACCUCCACCCCCAACCUCACCUUCACCUGGGGGCAUGGACAACAGUCCCCAGUCCCCACCCCCAUCUUCCAGAGAGCCAAUUACGCAGCGACUCAGCGAUCUCAUGAGCUCUGGUUCCAGAACCCGGAAGCAGUGUCUGCGAAGCCUGAAGAGAGGGCUGUCGCUAAAACUGGGAUCCAGUCCAGCAGACUGCAGCCACCUUCCUCCUGAGCAGCGACACAAGAAACUUCAAAGUCGCAUCAACAACAUCAACCAGGAAAUACAACGAGAGAGAGAGCAGAGAAACGCUUUACUGAAAAUGAGGGAGGUUUAUGAACAAAGUCCUCAGAUGGGUGAUGCUGGCAGUUUGGAGCCUCGACUGGAGGAAGUGAAGCAGAAUCUGCAGAAACUGGAGGAGGAGCUGAGAAGGAACCAGAUGUGGCUGUCGGAGGCAGACAGCAGUUUUUCUGAUCGCAGCAGCAGGAGACAGAGUGGAGGUUGUGGGAUGAAUUCUCAGGCAACAACGCCAGGCAGCAGCAGCUUGAAACAAUUGGAAAAACGCAGUCCAGCCAGCAGAGAGAGUCCCGAUGGCAGCUACACAGAGGACCGCAAUGCAGAGCUGCACUUUAAGUCUCGUAGUUCAGAGUUUGAUGACGACUUCGACGAUGAAGAACCUUUACCGAGCAUUGGCACCUGCAAGUCUCUGUACCCGUUUCAAGGUCAGAAUGAAGGCACUCUGUCCAUGGUGGAAGGCGAAUUACUUUCUGUGGUGGAGGAGGACAAAGGCGAUGGCUGGACCAGAGUGCGGAGAAACCUGGAGGAGGAGGGAUACGUUCCUACAUCCUACAUCAAAGUGUUCCUGGAUAGCAGCACCAAAGGUGCAGUGACCUACACCUGACCUCCACGUGACCUGAAUUGACCUGUACGUCCAUCCUCCAUUUGACUUUUUUUGGACCUGCUGACAACCUUUGAAUGACCUCUGACCCGUCUGAUUUCUGACUGUGUAGAGUUCACAGCUGAACAGUCCACAGGUCAGCUUCUUAUCUGUAUCAUUUUGCAAAAUGUCUGAAACUACAGUGAAAACUUUUUAUUUUUAUUACUACUGCGAUCAACGGCUUCCUUGUUUUUAGUUGUUUUUUAUUGCAGAAGUUACUUUACCUGUCUGUCUGCCUUGUAGGGUUUGUGACAACCAGUUGGACCUAAAACC